AUGCUAUGGAGUUAAAAAACAUUGAAGAAGUUGGGUGCUAUUUAAACAGACUAAAACCAGGUCUAGAGUUUCAACUUGCUCAAGAAAUUUUUAGACUAGCAAUUAAUCACAUUAGAGACUAUGAAGCAGAAGAUCGAGAAGGAAAAUAAAGAGAAUCUAAAGUAUUAAGUUGAGAAUUUUGUUCAAGCAGUGUGUAUGAAAACAGAUAAAAGAGAAAGAGAAGCAAUAGAAGCUCUUAUUGAAACAGAUUAGCUCAAUGAUACAUUGAAAGAGCAAUUAAUCCACAUCUAUGAGGAUUAUUACAGAUGUCAACAUUUUGUGGAACUUUUAAGUAUGGUAACUGAUGAUGCCCAAAUUUCAAAAGAUUGGAGAGAAAAAUAGUAGUUUUUCAGGUUUAAAUCAGGUUAUGGAAGAUAAAUGAUAAAUGAAGGAAACAUCGAAGCAAUUAAAAUGGUCAACCCAUUUACUAAUGAAAAGUUCUCUUAGAUUUUGAAAAGCUAAGCUAGUUAAUACAAGUUAAAAACACUGAGGCAGAGAGGCAUUGAUCAGCUAAAUAGGUUAAACGAAAUUACCAAGCCAUAGAAUAAGAAUCAGCCUAACUCAUAGAUAGCAUCUCAACAGAUUAACAAAAAUAGUAAUACAUAAAUUAGCUAAUAACCUUAGAUAUAAAACCAAAAUCAGAUUAAUUAGUAGUAAGUUACUACUGGUGGAUCUAGUAAAUCCAAUCCAAGAGGUCCAAAGUAUUAUUAAGAUUCAAUGAGUGCAAGAAAAUUAGCAUAAAAUGCAAUAAGCGAACUUGAUUAUAAUAAUAUCUAGAAUUCCUCUAAACUCCUAAGAUAAGCUGUUGAAAUACUUGAAAAGUAUCAAUGA